AUGUCAACUACUGACAUUCACCGUGAGCUGAUGGAAUUCAUUAUCAGAAAAGCAGAAAACAUCAAAUCUCCAUUUAAAAUUUCUCAGUUGAUCAAUGGUUUCAAACGAGAGUACAAAAGAAUGGAUUCUGCGGAUAGUUUGAGACACAAAAUUGAAACUCUUCGCUCAAAAAUUCCCGAAUUAGAAGGAAUAGAAACCGAGAUGAAGGUCAAAAUGCUAUUCGGAUUGCAUGCUCCAGUUGAUCCAGAUUUUCUAGAAAAGCUUAAAGUGAAUGCUGAUUCUUUGAAAUUAGAUGAAUUUCAACGCAUCAUUGAAUACACAGAUACAAAGAGAGGCCUAGAGUUGAAAGGAAGACAUCAGGCCUUAAAAGCUCGAGACGAAACAACAGAUAAACAGUUAUUGAAGUUUUUGGUAGAAAAAUCAAAAAAUGUGGAUGCUCCACUUGUUGGCAAUUCAUUCUUGAGAGAAUUCAAAUCUUUGACUAGAAAUUCUUCUUCACUUAAAUCUCUGAAAUUUAGACUUCAAAAAGAUGCAACCGUGGUUGUUGAUGAGAAAGGAAGAAUUACGAAAUACGAGGGAAAUGAUGGAAGUCUAAUACUGAAGGGAGAUCAAAGUAAUUUGUCGAAAAUGAAACUAUCUCUCGCAGAAAGAUGGAAUAGUAUUCGUCAAAAAAUUGAAUGUGGAAAAAACAAGGACAGCGAUACGGACAGCGAUAAUAACCAUGGCUACGAGAGAGAAAUGUCUCAAUUGAUCAAAUUUGUGAUUGAGAGAGCAAAAAGUGUGAAUAUGCCAAUGAACAUUCGCAGUAUGUGUGAAGAUUUCAAGAGGUUGUAUGGAUCUUCUAACAAACUUUCUUGUUUGUAUAUGAGAGUAAGAAAUUUUGGUGAGAAAAUCUGUCGAAUGAAUGAGUUCGACAUAUCUGUAAAAGUCAGGACGAUGUUCGCUCUUUCUACUCGAGUUUCAGACGAAUUCUUGAAUGAACUUCGAAAAGAUGCCGUCGUGCAAGUUGAUAGUCUUAAGAGAAUAAUCAAAUAUCAAGCAAAUGACGGAACUUUGAGCUUGGAAGGAGAGCAUAGUAUAUCAGCGAAACGAAAAUUGGCAUCGGUUGCUCGACGAAAUAAAAUUGCCGCUAGAGCAGAAAACGAUGAAGUAACUGAUGAGGAGGCAGAAACUGAAAGAAAGAAAAUGAAAGCGACAAAAAGGAAGACUCCAGAAACAGAAAAUGGAAAAAGAUCGAGAGUGGAUCUCCUCAAAAAUGUUUCUGAAUUCGAUGAAGAUGAAUCGGAGACAUCUCCAGACGAAUCAGAUGAAUCAUAUGAACCAGAAGAGACUAUCUUUUCUCGUUCGAAUGAAGAAUUUGGAAGAGAUCAAAAUGUGUCUUCCAGUACAAACGAUUAUCGAGCACAAUAUGUUGGUAACUUAAACACUACAUUGGGGUCUACUGUAGGAAAUGAAGAAGACAGUGAUGAAGAAAUUUUAGAUAAUGAUGAAGGAAAUGUCAUCUUGAAAACGAAAGCUGGAAAAAUAUUGACACAUAAAGAAUAUGAUCGGGGAGCAGAAUUUGAUUAUGAAGAUCUUAUACAAAUCACAGAACAAGAUAAUCUGAAAAUGUGCAGGAAUCAAGAUGUCAGCUCGAAGUAUUCGCUGCAAAACAAAGAUGUGCCAACCGUUUCUCCUGCUAUGACAGAUGGGGAUCAAGAAUAUGUAAAGAGAGGAUUGAAAAGUGAAAGAUUUUCAAAAAAGAGAUCUCUCAAUGCUGGUACGUCAUCAAAACUUGAAAUGGAAGAAGAUGGGAAUAUGACAAACGCUUCUCCUUCUUCUGCAUACUCAACAGACAAGAAGAAUAUGAUAAUAACGGAAGAACUUUAUAUUGUCAGUCCAGAUGGCGAAGAUCUUGUUGAAGAAACGACUGAAUCUACUGAUUCUGUAUUUCGGAAGACACAACAGGACCCAACAUCAUCGAUCACUGUUCAUCCAAUCAAUAAGAGUGAUUAUCGAGUUCCCUUCAAUCAGAAACCGUCGAAAGAAUUGUCCAACUAUGCCUCUUCUUCUUCUUCAGAAGUCGUUAAGAAGCUCAUUCAACCAAAACUUUAUAUGAAAACUGAACGAUUGGAUAAGAUUAACGACAAUUUUCAACAAAAGCCAACAACAGAGAAGAAGUGUGAAAAAGGGUUUCAGAAUACUGUGAGAGCAGGAAAAUUAAGGAAAUCUAGUAAUAUCCGUCUGGAUGAUCGACAAGUCUCUACGUCAUCUUUCGUCAAUUCACGCAAAAAAUCAAUUUGUGUUGAAUCAGAGUCUAUUGGAAAUCCUACGAAAACUCACAAUCAGAUUCCGACAGAACCACCACUGAAAGUAUGUAAAGUAGAAACAACAAGUUGUGAUUUAGAAGUCAUCGCAAUUGUGAAUGCGGGACAUGAAGGAAUAGAAGGAUCUGUUGAGAGUUUGGAAGGAUUUUUGAAGCUUCUCCGUGCUCAUGUAUCCAUGUUGAAUUCUAGGAGUCUCGACGAUUUCGAAAUAAAAAUAGACUACUUGACCACGACGCUCGGAGAUAAGCCUAUUUCGAUCGACAAUAUUCGUGUUUCUCUUGAGACAUGUUUCCUCUCAUUAGCUCAAAAAGGAGCAUUGAAAUCACCACCAGGAGAAGAAACGAAAAGUCUCCGGAACUUGAUGGUUUCUCUGAAAACAAUCACUUGUUACUUCCGACAUUCUUCACUCAAUUCUUUCAAAGAAAAGUUGGAAAACUUUAUCAAUGGCCUCUUCGUUAAGGACAAGAGAAUAACAAUCGAUGAGGUCCGUUCGGCGUUGGAGAGAGCUCUCGAUUUUGUCACUCUAUAA